CUUUCUUCUGCUACAUUUUCUACCAAAGCAUAGAUCACAGAAAACCACCACUUACCAAGAAGAGAAAAAAUCAAACAUGUGAAACAAAGAGUGUUUCCUUCUUCUAAGCUGUAGGUGCCUGCAUGUGAUGUGAGGUGUAACAAUGAGGCAAAAAGAGAGUUUUUUCAUCUCUUUCAUUUCACAAAAACAAUAUUAUAAGCACCUAACUCUCAUCUUAUUCAUCCUUAAAUCCACCCUACCUUUCUUUUCCCUGCAUUCAUUCUUUUUGUGCACCAAACCAACCAAACCCUUCUGUUAUCUUAUACACUUCAGUUUGUUUACUAGCUUUUCUUUUUGGUUCAGUUCAAGUCAACCACUUUUAACUGCACAACAUCUAGAAAUCACUUCCUUUUUUGCUCUGGACUCUGAUUCUUGUUUUCCCUGCUAGACAUGGGGGUCUUGUCCAUAGGUUAUUCUUAUUCAUCAAGUUUGCUCAGUAAACUCAUUGAAGUGCCACAAAACAGUGUGUGGUACUCUUCAAGGAGGAAAACAAGUGUUGUGUACUGUCAGGGGGAAGGGAAUGUGAUCAAGUCCUCUGGCUUUUCUUCUGUGUUGACAGAAAGAUCAUCAUUGGUUGGCACAGAUAAUACCACUGCUGCAACUCUGAUGGAGGCAGGGAGCUUGGUCUUGUCACAAAAUGUGAAAAAUCAGGCAGAGAUUGUUGUGAAGGAUUUGAUGCCUUAUGGUGCACCAACAACAUUGAUAGGGUUGGAAGAUGGAAUAGGCAUUGUCAAAUUUCUCAGAGGGAAGAAGUUUUUCAUUACUGGGGCAACUGGUUUUCUAGCCAAAGUUUUUAUUGAGAAGAUUCUAAGGACAGAACCAGACGUGGGAAAAAUGUACCUUCUGAUCAAGGCGAAGAAUAAGCAAGCUGCUAUGGAUAGAUUGCAAAAUGAAAUCAUAAAUACAGACCUUUUCAGAUGCCUUCAACAAGUCCAUGGAAAAUCGUACCAAGCCUUUAUGUUGAGCAAGCUAGUUCCUGUUGUAGGCAAUAUUUGUGAGCAUAAUCUUGGACUAGAUGAAGAUAUAUCCAACGUUAUUGAAGAGGAGGUAGAUGUCAUUGUAAAUUCUGCAGCUAAUACAACAUUUGAUGAAAGAUAUGACACUGCUAUCAACAUAAACACCAUAGGACCAUGCCGUCUUAUGAACAUUGCCAAAAAGUGCAAGAAGCUUAAGCUCUUUCUCCAUGUUUCGACAGCAUAUGUCAAUGGACAAAGGCAAGGUAGGAUCAUGGAAAGACCAUUUAGCAUUGGACAGUGCAUAGCAAAAGAAAAAUUCAUAUCUGAAGUUUCACCAAAAUACAUUCCCACACUGGACGUUGAAGGAGAAAUAAAUCUGGUUUCAAAUUACAAAGGGGAUGUUGAAGACAACUUACUAGCUCAGAAGAUGAAGGAGAUUGGCCUAGAGAGGGCCAGAAGAUAUGGGUGGCAGGAUACUUAUGUGUUCACAAAGGCUAUGGGAGAAAUGAUGAUUGACAAAUUGAGAGGGGAUAUUCCAGUUGUUGUAAUGAGACCAAGUGUCAUUGAGAGCACUUUCAGUGAACCAUUUCCUGGGUGGAUGGAAGGAAAUAGGAUGAUGGAUCCAAUAGUUCUAUGCUAUGGGAAGGGUCAGCUAACAGGUUUCUUGGUGGAUCCAAAUGGAGUGCUGGAUGUAGUUCCAGCUGACAUGGUUGUGAAUGCAACCUUAGCAGCAAUGGCAAGGCAUGGAGUGACCCAGAAGGCAGAUAUCAAUGUGUACCAAAUUGCUUCAUCAGUGGUGAACCCCCUAGUCUUCCAAGACCUGGCAAAGCUUCUGUAUGAACAUUACAGUUCCUCACCAUGCAUUGACUCAAAGGGUAGGCCAAUUCAAGUUCCAUUGAUGAAGUUGUUUAGUUCUACAGAAGAAUUCUCUGGUCACCUGUGGAGAGAUGCAAUUCAGAAAAGAGGUCUCACACCCUCAAAGGGGAAGAAAAUGUCUCAAAAACUUGAAAACAUGUGCAGAAAAUCAGUGGAGCAAGCCAAGUACUUGGCCAACAUUUAUGAACCAUACACAUUUUAUGGUGGAAGGUUUGAUAACAGUAACAUACAAAGAUUGAUGGAAAGUAUGUCUGAAGAAGAAAAGAAGGAAUUUGGGUUUGAUGUAAAGAGCAUUGAUUGGAAAGAGUAUAUCACCAAUGUUCAUAUACCAGGACUAAGGAGACAUGUGAUGAAGGGAAGAGGAAUGAGUAACAACCAGUAACUUACAAGUUCUGCAAUGAAAUCAAUCCUUUUAUUUAUGCUGGAACAAACUGUACUAAUAUGUGCAUUUCCUUCUUUCAUUGAAUCCAUUAGGGUGUGGCAAAAACUACAACAAGGACAUGCUUCAUUAUUUAUACUGUAAUUUAAUAGUAAGAAUAAUCGAAUCUCUGUAGAAGUUUUUCAAGUUUCAAUCCUUAAUACAAAAUACAAGUCUAAUAUUUAUAAAGCAUAAAUUCUA